AGUCGCAUUAGUAGUACGAAAGAUGCCGUCGUGGGUGCAUUCUUGUUGGUUUGUUUUGUAGAUUAUUGCAAUGCGCAUACCGGGUCCACGCGUUCUUGUAUUAGGAGCAGUGUUUAAUUCAUUGCAGUUAUUAGCUGUCCUUAAGAUAGAGCCACACGUUUCCUUUACAACAAGCUUGUAGUAUAGAUUAUAAUAGGAUCAGUGUCAAGUGCACCUUGUGUAAAUCAUCAAGAUUCAAUGAAUCCUAGAUUCUAGUCAAACUUCCACCAUUCAUGCCUUACAAGUGAUGAGAAAUUAGUGUGUGGUUGAUUUGGUGAUAGAAAUAGUUAAUUCGAAGCAAACGCCGGUAAGAGUAGAGGCAAAAACACCUGAAACAAGAUGGGUAACGUUGAGAUUAACAAGAAACUACUGCCGAUGAAGGCACACUACUUCCUCUUCAAUGCAGGAACAGCCCCGGUGGUACCUUUCAUGCCAACAUUGGUAAGACAGCUGGGAUUUUCAACUGUGAUCGUAGGGACUAUCUACACGGUGCUACCGAUCGUUGGCAUGUUAGUCAAGCCUCUGUUUGGAAUCAUCGCUGAUCGGUUUCGGCGCCAGAAGCUGUUGUUUCUGUUAUUCCAAAUCCUCACUGCAGUUCCUUUCUUUUUAAUUAUGUUCAUCCCAGCAAUACCUCAAGAAUCUACCGUCUCGUUUCAUUGUCACGAGGGUGCCUCGGAUCUUCGGUACUGCCCCCCAAGUGGUUCCCAGUUGGAUAAAUGUCUCAUCGAUCGGUUGGUGGAUGAUCAAACCGGUAAUGCUACUCUUCGCUGUCAGCUGGAGUGUCAAACGGAAUCGUGGAUGUGGGAAACCGUUUGUAAGUACUGGAAGGUGGACAAAUAUUGCGACGAGAGCAACAUUCCAUCCGACAAGCUACUACGACUAACCGGUCUGGUUCCAAUGAAUCAUAUCAAUCUUCUGGACGAUUGCCUAUUUUUCAUACUCAAAGGAGCCGAACUGAACGGAGAUCACGUACCACUGUACUGUCCCGCAAAUUCAACAGACUUCAAAACAAGCUGUCAGGUUAAAUGCGACAAUACGGAAAUCAACGAGGCAAUCACCCAGUCUAAGAUUGCGGACAGAGAGGCCAAGGGAUUGUAUCAAUUCUGGCUGUUGUUCCUGUUUCUAAUUCUCAGCUGGGCAGGUAUGGCUGUCGUCGUCAGUGUCGGCGAUGCCAUCUGUUUCGACAUGCUCGGCGACCGUCCGCAUCUGUACGGAAAUCAACGGCUGUGGGGUUCGGUCGGUUGGGGAAUAUUUUCGCUACUGGCCGGCUUUCUAGUAGAUCAAUUUUCCAACGGUAAAAGUACCAAGGACUACACCGUCGUUUUCUACAUGACGAUUAUUAUUAUUGGUUUCGAUAUUCUAGUCUCAUCUAAACUUAAGCAUUCUCAAACAAGACUGUCUACUAAUAUUAUCAAGGAUAUCGGCCAAAUAUUUGUCUCAUAUAGGGUAGUGAUAUUUUUCUGUUGGUGCAUAUUAGUUGGAUUCGGAACGGCGAUGAUUUGGAAUUUCCUAUUCUGGCAUCUGGAAGAUUUGGCUAGUUUACAGCAGGGGUGUGACCACACUGCCUGGAUCAAAACGCUCGAAGGGAUUGUAAUGUCAAUUCAGUGCUUUGGUGGAGAACUUCCAUUUUUCUUCCUGUCCGGAUGGAUUCUUAAGAAAAUUGGCCAUGUUCACGCUAUGAGUGUGGUACUGCUAGGCUUCGGUGUACGAUUCCUGCUUUACUCUUCUCUUGUUAAUCCCUGGUGGGUUAUACCGAUCGAAUUUAUGAAUGGAAUUACGUUCGGGCUGUUUUACGCCACAAUGGCGUCAUAUGCCAGUAUAGUAGCACCUGCUGGAACCGAAGCAACUAUGCAGGGUCUGGUCGGAGCCAUUUUUGAAGGUGUUGGUGUGUCACUAGGUAGUUUGCUGGCAGGAAAUCUAUUCUACAACGUUGGAGGCAGUCAAACUUUCCGCUGGUUUGGAAUCGUAGCGUUGGUUCUGUGUGUUGUUCACGUAGCCAUCCAACGGUUGGUGGAUCGUUUCGAUUCGAGGGGUAAGCAAGCUGAUGAGAAAAUCGCAAGUAAUUAUAUACUGAAUCAGGCGCCCCACGGCGAGGGCAAUGGUGUUGAGAAGGGUCGCGUCGUAACAAAAACCGAUUCAGUUUUGUCCACUACGACCGUUCAGGAAGUGCUAGACGACGAAGAACAAAAUCGACAGCUAAAGAGUGCUUCCGAUAAUAAGGUCAACCGAACGGAUCACGAAAGCACUACCAAACAGAAUGAAGAAUUUCAAGAUGUUAGCUUAACGAUAAGCUAGGAAUAAGUGUUGAUAGUAUAUUGGUUUGUGCUGGACAAUAACUCCACUGGAUUGUGAUCGAGCAAUACUAAGAAUCUUUGACGAGUAGUUUAUAGGUUGAAUACCAAUAGUUCAAAGACAUAUAGCAUAACAAAAAGAUUAUUUGCAUCAACAAACAUUUUAAUCCUUGAUGGACACUCAUGUAUAUCAAUACAGUUUUUUUUUGCAAAUAUUUUCUGGGUGUCAUAUAUAAUAUAUAAAUGAACCGAAAUUGCGCUUGCAGGAAGGUGUAAUGUGCAAAAAUGUUCUAAUUUUUUCAUAGGAUAGACAAGGUAUUUAUAUAAGAGACAAGUUUCUAGAACAUAAUUAGACGAACAAGCGAACUUUGGAAUAAACGGAAUCAAUCGUAAAAUGUACUCGUGUAUCCGGAAAAUGGAUUCAUGGAUCACCGACUACGUAUUUCGGAAAACUUCAAACGCUAUUGCAAUUGUCAUAGAUAACCACGCUGAUACAAUUUGAUACAUUGUAGACAGAAAUAUUCACCACAAAUUGUAUGCUGAAGAAACGGAAUCUGGAAUGUACGGAACAAGUCGAUGUUUCCGAAAAUAUCCAGGAAUAUUAGUCAUGGGUGCGUUUCGACUUCGUCUUAUAAGAAACCGACCCUGGUGAGAAAUUUUUUGGUGUUUACACAAUUUUUCUUCUUAGGAUGAAAUAUAACAUAAUCCAGGAAUAGUUUAUGAGUACUUCAUUUGCGUCCUUCUAUUUUCUCCAAGCAAAAUAGUAAUGCUUGAAACACCGUUCAGUAUGGAUGGCCCAUUUCUCACUUAUCAGGUUCCGCAUGAUGAUCGAAAAUUGCCAAUAUAGCCAUCUAAAAUUUUCAAAUUUUCAAAUUAGUUAUUAUUAUUAGUUAUAAUAAGUUCAUUAGUUAUUCAUGUUAUAAUAAAAUCAGACCUUAAGCUAAGCAUUGGAAGAUUGAUGAAAGUGGACAGAAAUUUUGGAAAAGUAAGCUAUCAGAGCAUCGCACAACUCAAAAGCUGGAAACUAGUUUCAUAUUACUGGACAGGAUGCGUCAUCGCGUGACCAAAAAAGUUUUCUUAAAUUACUUUAAUAAUCAAUGAGUAUUGGCCACAUAAGUUCGUUAUCGGCGACAUAUCUGUACACCGUUACGAAUGGCAAUGUUCGAGGAGUCCGAAGCACAUUCUACCUAAUCCAAGAAAAAAAAACACCGUGCAAUCAACGCAAAAUUUUUCUCCGACAUCACAGAUGAUCGUACCUCGCUGCACAGCGCAUAGAUUCUAACCUCCACCCGGUAGUUGAUUACAUGCGCUCAAAAUCAUCGACUUUGUACAACUGAUGUCGAGAUUUAAUAUUAAACAGCUACAAUACGAUCAGACUGCUGAGAAAUACGCGGAACAGUUGUUGACAGUGCUAUCAAUCGAAGAGCAGUUUGCACAGCCAGAAUAUGUUUUUUCCAAAAAGUUGCCGAUUAACUCAAAUAUUCUUUCUGCGCUCUCCAGCUAAAAGCCAUAUUACGAGCAAAAUUGUGAAAAUAUUGCAGUUCGUUGAUAUUUACAUAUAUCAACAUUUGGUAUCCAUACUUUGGUCAUUUAGCACUUUUCAAGCUAGGAAUUCUUCCAUAUUAUGCAUUGCAAUUUUGUGAAGAUUUUGAAGUCCCCUAAAUUUGAAACUUUCAGCGAUGUUCUAAAUACCAGAUCUCUCACAUGAAUGUGAUCAUUUUGGUAUCAUGACAUAAAUUAAACUAAUAUAUUCGUUGUGUAAAAUUCAAAUUAGAGACGGAAAUAAAGAAGUGUUCGGUAUUAUGAUAGUGUGGGAAAUGAAAAUGAAUAGGCGUUGCUAGAUAGCAAAAAUAUCGGAGGCAGAAAUUAAGUAAUGACUGACAUAUACGGAUGUAUUUCCUUUAAUUACAAUCAGAAGAACAACAUUUGGUAACGAGGCAAGGAUUAUAUCUUCAUCUGAGGUAGAUAUUAAUUAAGUUAAAAUGAAACAUUUAAAUAAGAUAAUUCAGUAACUUCCGGAUCGGAAGCACAUUUAUUAAUAGCUCAUAAGCAGGGCGACACACAGUGGCUCAAUAUCUCGCGAAUGUUGUAGACUAGUGAUGUUUUUGGGAAAGUGUCUUCGGUUCUUUGACAAAUAUUAUCACAGCUUUGCUGAAGAGUAUCUUUUUCUUAAACUGAUUGAAAUAUCAAUCGUUUUUCACGGACCAUGUCUAAACAACAGGUUGUACCUACACUAGUAACGAGCGAACAAGGACGACAUACAACGCCUUCAAGCAAUGGAUGUUUUUGAAUGAUUUAGUCAUCCGGAAUAUAAAGCCGAGCUGUUUGGGUGCCUUGGACACGGUGUAUGAUAUGUGAUCAUAGAAGAACAAUUUACUACCUAGCAUGACCCCGAGAUAUUUGAUGCAGUUCUCCUGUUUCAAGUUGGAUCCUUACAGCGAAUAAUGAUAUACGAUAGGGUUGCGUUUAUGAGUGAAGGUGAUAGUAGAGCACUUUGAUGCGUUCAGCAUCAUUUUGUUCAAUUGGCACCAAUUGGCGAAGAUAUCGAUGCAGAAACUGGGUAUCAUUCAGAUUACAAAUUCUUAGGUAUAAUUUAAAAUCAUCGGCGUAGGAAAGUUUUAAGCAUUUCAAAAUGAGAUUGACGUCAUUGAUGUAAAUUAGAAAUAGGAGAGGUCCAUGGUGGCUUCCUUGUGGUACACCAGAGGUAACAGUAAUUGUUUCAGAGAUACUAUCUCCUAUUGUCACUGACAUUUCGCGACCAACAAGAUACGAGUUUAGCCAGUCGAGGAACAUUCCGUGGAUACCGAGACGCUUGAGUUUCGCUAUGGCGGUUUCGUGAUUAAUUUUAUCAAAUGCAGCGGACAGAUCGGUGUAAAUUGCAUCCGUUUGAUGUCCUUUCUCCAUUUCUUAGAUUAUGUAGGAAGUAUAGCAAACUAGGAGCCCGUGUUGAUCAGCGGAUAUGUAGUGUGAGCAGCAGUGUGACAUGAAAUCUACUAUUAUCAACCGAACAGCUUAGACGAUGCACAUAAAGCUGCAAUGCCGCGAUAGUUCUAGAUAAUGCGCUUGUCUUCUUUUUUGUGCACUGGGAAAAGAAACAACUUUUUCCAGGUUUCUGAGAAUGUUCCUGUAGAUAGUGAGCGGUUGAAUAUAGCUGCCAAUGGAGACGCGACGUUAAUUGAAAACUAUCGAUGGAAUUCCAUCAAGGCCGGGUUUGAAUGAGCAUUUUAGGAGUGGGCGCGCUUCUAGAACCAACGGAUGGAAAGCACGGAACAUUAUUUUCCGCGUUUGAGAUGGAAUUGUUGUCAAGGUCUUCAUUGCUUAAUACACUACUAAGAAUACGUCAUCAUCUACAUUAUCCAUGGUACUUGGAAGCCCGCUUUCUUUCCUCUACUCAUUGAAGUAUUUCCAGAAGCUUCUAGGAUCGGUUUUUAGUUUGUCCUGGAGUCGUUGAAAAACACUACUGUCAAACUGAAAACGAGGCAUUCGCAUUGGUUUGGUCAGUUGAAAAGUUUGCUGUGUAUCUAAUCGAUAAGUUCACAGUAAAAUAUCGAAAAGGGCCACGAAAAGUAGUAGACUCUCUAUCACGUUAGGUGCCUCCGGAAAUGGCAAGAGGGAAUAUAUUAGUAGUUCCAAAAGUUCUGCGAAUCAGGAUAAGACAGGUGAUACAUAAAGGAUGUCCUGGUGGGACUCAUGAAAAAACGGUUGAUGGAUCGUGCAUGGUGGCCUCUGAAGGAUCCAGAAGCGCCGGAAUUCGUAAUUAAAGCAUGCCAACUGGUCAAAAUUCCCAGCAAACCGGUUCCAAUAAGUCGUCGGGAAUUGCCAUCGAAACCGUGGGUCAAUGUGGUGAUAGAUUUUCCUUUCCAUCAGAAGAAUAUUUGCUGGUACUAUUCGACAAUGCAAAUACAAUUUCGAGAAACAGUGGACAGACUAAAUAAAAUAUUCAUCAGAUUCAGAAAUUCCAGAAUAAUUACGUUGGACAAUGCGAAGCGGUUCAUAGGAAGAGACUUUGAUGAAAAUUGUAAAGUACAUGGAAUAAGCCUGAAUCAUUCAGAGCUCCAUACGGGAGCACGUCAUUUGGCAUAAGUUAAUUUGGUAUAAACUCAUUUGGUAUAAUGUUCAUUUGGCAUAAUGGUCGUUUGGCGUAAUUUGAAGUAUACAUUAAAAUCUAUUACAUUAAACGAUGACGCCGAUGGCCACCUCGCCCGGCGGAUCCUCACAGGCUUUGUACGGCUUCGGAUACUUGGUCACGGUUAUCCGAUAAAUCUAAGGGCUAUUUGGUAUAUAGAUUCAAAGAUCUGCUCAUGUUUGAAAGAAGGAAUCAACCUCUAAGUUUGAGUAAGCCGGGCAAACGAGUGGAUCACCAGUUUACUUGCGAGCACUAUUUGGUAUACUAAUUCAAAGAACUGCAUAUGUGUAUAUUUGCCAGAAACGUAAGGGUUGAUUCCUUCUUUCACUCAUGAGCUGUUCUUUACAUUUGUAUACCAAAUAAGCUUCGCAAGUAAACUGGUGAUCCACUCGUUUGCCCGGUUUACCAAACCUUAGGGGUCAACUCCUUCUUUCAAACAUGAGCAGUUCUUUGAAUCUGCAUGUCAAAUAAGUUUAAACAUAAGGGUAUUCUUUCAAAUAUGAACAGUUCUUUGAAUAGUCUUUGGUUUUGUCGCAUAACCGAUACCAAGGAUCUGAAGUCGCGCAAGGCCACUGAGGAUCUGCCGGGCGAGGUGGACAUCGACCCGCCGCCGGAGGCGUCCCCCACAAACAAACCUGUGAUCCACUCGUUUGCCCGGAUUACUCAAACAUACGGGCAAUCAACUAGUUUAAGUCCGACGAAGCGGAGCUAUGUUGGACAGCACCAAAUUUAAAGCGAUGUGGCGUAGCCACAUUAGGCGUCAACGCCUAAUAAUAGAAAAUUCAAUAUAUUUUUCAAAUUAUGCCAAAUGAAGAUUAUGCCAAACGACAGUAUGUGUCACCUACUGUUAUGCCAAAUGAACUUAUGCCAAAUGAAUUUAUGCCAAACGACGUGCUCCCGCCCCAUACGGAACACGGGUUUGUAGAACGCCAGGACCGUUCACUUUUGAAGAGUCUACAGAUAAAUCAUGAAUUGGAAGAAAGACUUAAACGAGUGUUUUAUCAUGUAUUAUACGACGCCUCAUUCAUCUUCAGGGAAAACACAAACUGAACUGUGAUACGGACGAACCAUGCGCUCUGUGCUUCCGUGUAUUGACGACAUUGAGACUGCUCGCGAGGAUACCAGGGAGACGCGCAAUGGAAUCCAGACGGGUGACACUAUUUUAAUGUAAUAUUUGACGCAAUCCAACAAAAUACAAACAACAAAAACAGAUAUGUGGUUGUUAGAAGAAUAAGUCCAAAGAUAAUAGAGACGCAGAAUUAAUGAAAUAAUACGCGAGGAAUGUUGCACACGUAAAGAAAAUUCGGAAAUCGGUAACAAUCUCUUCAACUCAACACACUGAACCAACAACUUCAAGAACACUAGAUGAGAAAGUAGAAUUGCCUACCAUAAACGCGUCUAAAUCUUCAAAAAAUCAGGACUUUAUAAUGAAGAUAUAUUUCCUUUACUUCCAAUUCGAAGCAUCACAUGUAGCGUAUGUAAUUUUGUGCAGAGUUUGUAGAUCGUUGAAUUGAAAACAAUGUUUUCUGCAUAUUUUGAAAUUUUCUGUAUUGCAUGCAAUUUUGUGAACAUAUUGGAGUUCCUUCCAUAGGAAAUAAUCAACAGUCUUUCAGUUGUUGUCUUGUCCAAAUAAAUGCAAACAAUUUCACAUUGUAAUAUGUAUCGAGGUAGAUUUUUAAUUCUUCAGACAUUACCACAUUCUUCAUUUUUGCGGUACUUGCUUCAAUUUUUUUACUCGUAAAAGGUUCAAAUUUAGUCUAACUCUAAGCCUAAUAAUUCUGUAGUAAUAUAGAUAGUUAAAAAAUCCGAACUGCGAGUUGACAAAAUUGAACGACUGGUAAGAUAUGGCGAUUCGAGAUACGACUGUUCUAGACUCAAUGUGGUUCACACAAAUAAAACUGGCAUAGUUGGAGGAGUGUUAUGUUUCUCCUGAUGAAAAUACACCCCUUAGGCCAGAUCACUUGUGCAAAAGAAAAUACAUUACCAUUCAUCAAAACAGAAUGUAUUUUGCGUUGCGUGUAUCACAUCCCUGUUCUGUAAGAAACUAGCUCUAUAUCGUUCUAAAAGUCUAACAAAGUGGACUAACGAAGCCCGUUUGUGGGACGAACUUCUCUUCAAAGGAGUGCAAAGUUGAUGAAAAAAUGGAAAUAAAAAGCAUUAUUUCAAAUUAAAUGUAAAUGCCUUAUACAUUCGUAGAAGUAUCUGCCUCUAGAUACACUAUCGGUGUAACAUUUAUUAACGAUACUCUACUUGGUCACAUUGGCUGCCGUAAACAAAAUACGAAAACGAACUUUCCGGGUUUGAUAAACAGCAGACGGAUGCGCAGGCAUUUUGAAUGGAAUAGUUGCGUUUAAUUUUGAGUUGGUUUACGGCGAUCUUCACAUAGGUGUAAUAAAAGUAAUAACACUUUCAAAAGCGUUUCAUAGUUUUUCGGAGAACAUAUAUUGAUACCUUCAGGUUUUUGGCAACAUUCUGAAGCGUGAGUUUACCCAGCGCCACUUCUUGUCCAUAUUAGGGUCUACUCGAUUCUUGAUCAUUUUUCUUCCCCGGUUUUCAGCCGCUUCUUCAAGUUUAGUCUAACAUUUUAGAUAUGGUGAUAUAAGCGAUAUUAAGGUUUCAUAGAUGGAACUUAACAUUUGCUGUUUCGUUUAUAUGACCCUGAGCAAUGUACUUGAUUCUAUGCUAUUGUUCUUUCGCUCGAUUUCUGUGAAGCACGUGGAGAACAGAUAUAUGGAAAGUUUUUUAUUACGUAAUAAAUUUACACAAAUCGAGCGGAGAGCAAUAGGAUUGCCACACCUACGGGAACUGUGUCUAAGACGGGCACCUUAAGGAUUGGAAUUUUUUUUCCAAGUGUUACAUGGCCGUGAGUACUUCAUGGAAUGUUAUAAAACUUAACAGGCGAAUGCUUUAAACUACCUUUACUCAAAUCAAGCAUUUUUCAUUUACACAGAUAACAAAAAAACAACAAUAUACAUAACUGUGGCAUUUUCUACAAAACUUUCAGGUGUCUACUCCUUAUAACUCCUUUGUUAUUUUCAUUUAAAAUUAGUUAAAACUCGCCAAAAAUAGAGAUCGGUUGAGAUUAAGAGCAUUUAAAAGGAAAUCUGUAUUUAUAAAUACCAUAUAAUAAAACGAGUACACGAAACUGUAACAAUCGUUAUAUUUAUUAUGAAAGGAAAAUCAAACCUAUCUUUCACGAAUUUCGCUAAGCAACUGAACUUUGUGUUCUUUACUAACAAGUGAUCCUCUACUUUAUCAUCGCAAGCGGUCAAUUAUUUUUAUAUCCCAUUCCAAACGUUUAUUUCUAUUCUGUAUUUGACAAGUUUACGCUCUGCUUAUAUAUAAAUUACAAAUUACCAUCUGAAGUGGAUCUAGAAGACCUGAAGUAAAACAACGGCAAAGAUAAUCGAAAGAAAGUGCUCACUAUCAGAAAUGUAAGCAAACCUGUUUGAUAAAAUGUAGAAUGAUGAUUUGUGUAAGCAUAGGACCUCGAUAACGCAUGAGUGCACGAUUAUACUUGCUUAACUGAUAAACGAACAAAUUGUUGUAACUGAAAAUGAAUAGUUCUUAGAGAAUGAAAUGCUACAAUUGCAAAUUAUUUUACACAUCUAGCAUGGCUUGGUUUAGUUAGACGUUUUGAUAGAUCUGGCCAAUUUUUUAACAC